UGAUUGCUGACAGCUCUCAAUAUGUAUAUCCAUAUCUUCCAUCAACCAAUGCUCUUAGACAAACUAUUCAAAGGAUUUGUCACCUCGACCUUCCCACAGAACCAGUAUCUUUAGAGAGUCUUAUUAUCCCUGAGUACCUAAGAAAAACUUUAGAUAGAUCUGACUUCUUAAUUAAUGAUACUACUAUUAGUCAUAAUAGAAUGCUUAUUUUUACGACUCCUAAUAAUAUUCGUUAUCUAAAUCAAUUCCUGUAUUGGAUCAUGGAUAGGACCUUUAAAACUGUUCCCAUUAUAUUCAAGCAAUUAUAUACUAUUCACAGUGU